CUGUCCUAAAUAACUCACAUUAUAACCUUUUUUUUAGCUCUCUGAAAUUGAGAAAAAAAUAAGCAAAAACAAAAAUGGGUUCCAUUGCAAAGGAUCCAAGAGAGGAUGUCAUACAGGCAUGGUACAUGGAUGACAGCGAUGAGGACCAGAGGCUUCCUCAUCACCGUGAGCCAAAGGAAUUUGUGUCUCUUGACAAGCUGGCUGAACUUGGAGUGCUUAGCUGGAGACUUGAUGCUGACAAUUAUGAGACUGAUGAGGAGUUGAAGAAAAUUCGGGAAGAUCGUGGAUAUUCAUACAUUGAUUUCUGUGAAGUUUGCCCUGAGAAACUACCGAAUUACGAGGAGAAAAUCAAGAACUUUUUUGAAGAACACCUGCACACUGAUGAGGAGAUCCGCUACGCUGUUGCAGGAAGUGGUUAUUUUGAUGUCCGCGAUGUGAAUGAGAGCUGGAUUCGUGUCUGGGUAAAGAAAGGUGGAAUGAUUGUUCUUCCUGCUGGAAUCUAUCACCGAUUCACGCUUGAUUCAAGCAACUACAUUAAGGCAAUGCGUCUCUUUGUUGGUGACCCAAUUUGGACUCCAUACAAUCGUCCACAUGAUCAUCUCCCUGCAAGGCAAGAAUAUGUUGAGACGUUUGUUCACACAGAUGGCGCUGGCCGUGCUGUUAAUGCUGCUGCUUAAAUCAGCUAUAGGCGAAGAACUUGAAAUCUUACUAGAUUGUAAUAAAUAUUACCAUAUGGUGGCUUUGCUGUUCUUGAUGUAUGCCUUACUCUGCAUGUUGAAUGUUGUAUCCUGGCACUGAAUAAAUCCCCCCUAUGGGAGAUUGAAUGUUUAUAUGCAAGUGGAAUUUAUUAUGUGAUUUUAGGUACUUUGUUCUUGUCAA